AUGGCCGACUACGACCAGCCCAACACGGGCGCUUCAACAGCAGCAGCAGCAGCAGCGGCAGCAACCGCCACGGCCGCCGCCCAAGCCGCCGCCCAAGCGCAGCUCAAAAAGGUAAAGAAGCAAAAAGUCUUGCUCAUGGGUAAAUCCGGCUCCGGCAAGUCAUCCAUGCGCAGCAUUAUCUUCAGCAACUACCUAGCGCGCGACACGCGGCGUCUGGGCGCCACCAUUGACAUCGACCUCUCGCACGUGAAAUUCCUCGGCAACCUAACGCUCAACCUCUGGGACUGCGGCGGGCAAGAAGCCUUCAUGGAGAACUACCUGUCUCAGCAGCGGGCGCACGUGUUCAGCAACGUGGGCGUGCUGAUCUACGUCUUCGACAUUGAGUCGCGCGACGUGGACCGCGAUCUGGCGACGUACGUCAACAUUAUUUCCGCGCUGGUGCAGUACUCGCGCGAGGCCAAGGUGUUUGUGCUCAUCCACAAGAUGGAUCUGAUCCAGCCGAUGACGAGGGAGGACGUGUUUGAUCGGCGCGUGGCGCUUGUGCGCAGGAAGACGGCCGAGGCGGUGGCUAUCGUCCGUAAACAGAAACCCGAACUCACCGGCCCCUCACCACCACCACCACCUGGCCCAGGCGGUGCCAUGGCAGGCUCCCUCCCGUCCCCAGACUCACCGAUCCCCGACCUCGAAGUCUCGAUGCAGCUCUUCGCCACCUCCAUCUGGGACCAAUCGCUCUACAAAGCGUGGGCGUCCAUAAUCCAUGACCUGGUCCCGAACCUGUCGGUAAUCGAGACCCAGCUAGCUUCCUUGGGCGUAGCAAUCGAUGCGGACGAGAUCCUGCUCUUCGAACGCACCUCCUUCCUUGUCGUGAGCAAAUGGACUUCCCCGGAAGGCGAAUCGAACCCCUACGGCGACCGUUUCGAGCGCAUGUCCAACAUUCUGAAAGCGUGGAAACAUACCUGCAGCAAGUUCACCGGCACGCCCCGCAACGCGGAGCAGUUUAGCGAUUUCGAGUACAAGAUGGGCGCCAACUUCAGCAUGUUCGUCACCAAGUUCACGACGAACACGUAUAUCCUGGUGUGCAUGCCUCCCGGAGAGGCGAGUUCAAUAGCGCCAAGCUGA